CAACUAAUUAUAACGAUUAAGGUGACGUUAUCGUUUUAUCGUAGCUGAUUACUGGAGUAAGAGCAUUAACAAAAUUAAGCAAUAAGUUUACAGCAUUAAUUCGACAAAUAUAAAUCUAGUGCGAAGGAUAUGUGUUAAAUUAGAGUUUUAAAUUAAAUAUGAUGAAUAAAGAAUUGCGUAAAAAUCGCCACUCGUUUCACAGUGAUAAUAAUGAACGAGAUGUACAAUUUAGAAGUAGAUUCUCAAAUUUACGGCGUCCAUAUUCUCUUGUAAAUCUGGUAAGCAAUAGCAAAGAGAGAAGUAGUGAAGUGUACGAGUCCGCCUCUGUUGUGGAUGAACCAGCCACACCAGCAAAUAAUUCAUUAUCUUUGGUUGCAGCGGUUCCCAGAGUAGAAGAUAAUGUGAAAAGAAACAAAGUAAAUAAGGCAAUUGUUUCGAUAGUGCUGGUUGAGGCGCGGGGCUUGCCCGAUCCCCCCGAGGAUGGAUGCAACCACACUGUUUAUUGCAAGAUUCGAUUGGGUGAAGAAACUAUAAAAUCAAAAGCUGUUCAAGUCAACCGUCAUAUAGAAUGGAGAGAACGUAUGAAAAUACAAUUGAAUAAAGAUCACGUGUUAAGAAUAUCUUUAUGGGAUAAAGGGAAGCGAAGAAAUUUUAUGGGCAGUUGUAUUAUAGACCUGUCAUAUUUGGAGCUAGAGCGAACUCAUGAGAUAUGGCAGCAGCUGGACGACGGAUACGGUUCUCUGCAUUUAUCUGUGACCAUUUGUUCUGUUACCAACGAUGAUGUGGCGCCGAACACCAAUCGGGAUGUUGUACACAAUAACGAAAAAUAUGCGUUUUAUAAUUUGAACACAAACUGGAAAGUGGUGGGGGAAUUACAUGUAAAAUUGAUCGCUGGAAAAGGUUUUAGUGGCAAACCAAACGCGUACUGUGUACUGGAGUUAGAUAAUGAAAGAGUUCAAACUCCAGCGUCUCGGGGAACCGAACUUACGUGGAACAAGAGCUAUGUAUUUAACGUGCACGAUAUAUCAUCGUUACUAGACCUGAAAGUAUGCGACAACUCUUUGGUAAACGCGUUAUUUAGCGAUACACUGGGAAAGAUCUCAAUACCAUUGCUGAGGAUACGCAAUGGGGAAACUAGGUGGUACGCAUUAAAAGAUAGAACAAAAAAGAAUAUUGCAAAAGGAAACUGCCCGAGAGUGUUGUUAGAACUCUCUGUAUUUUGGAAUCCCGUAAAAGCUUCGAUAAAACUAUUCCAGCCGAAGGAAGUUAAACAUAUAAAGAAAACUCCAAAAUAUGAUAUAACUUUGGUGUAUAAGAAUUUGGAAUUCGUGAGGGACACUUUCCUUUUACUGAUGGUAAUUAACGAUGCAUACAAACAAGCGUUCGAAUGGGACAGCCAAGACCUGUCCUUUAUGAUGUUGUUUGCAUGGAUAUUAUUUUGGUGGUAUUUCAAAUUAUGGAUGUUGCCUUUGUCUCUCAUCAUCCCUUUUUUAUUCUAUUGGGCAUCAAGUAGAAAACAUCAGGAAAAGUCAUUUAUGAGGAGUUACAGCAGUGUUAGCUUCAAUACCACUGAUACAGACCAAAGUGACAACGACAAGGAACAAUCUGAUAAGAGUAUUAUGGGCAAGAUUCAAGGCAUGGCUGAUACAACGAUAAUUGUCACUACUGGUGUUGACUAUUUGGCGUCUGUGGGUGAAAGAUUGUUCAAUUUGGUCUCGUUUAAAAUGCCAUUUCUGAGUUUCCUGUCAAUGUUAAUUUUGCUGGCGACAUCCUUGGUGUUAUAUCUAGUACCAUUUAAUUAUUUAAUGAUGAUUUUAGGUAUUUACAAAUUUACAAGGAAAAUAUUGAAUCCAGAAAGAGUGCUUAAUAAUGAUUUAUUAGACUUCAUCUCACGUGUACCUGAUAAUGAAGACUUGAAAGAAUGGAAAGAACUCAGCGUACCCGAACCAAAUCAACGACACUCUGCUUAUUAAAAAAAAUAAAAAUAGAAAUGAGUAUUUAGUCAUUACCUUAAGCCGGCAAUACACGUUGGCCGAGUUUUACCAAGUGAAGGUCAAUUCCAACGUAUUAACACCAUAUUUGCCUUGCUAUCACAGGAUGUCAAAUGCGCAGAUGGCUGAGUAAAGGCAAGCGCCCACGUGUAUUGAACUUAUUAGGCAUAGUUUGUCACAAGUCGCAGUCCUCGUAAUUACUUGUCUUACUUUGGAGCCGUGUUGGUUUUUUUUGUAAAUAUCUAAGGCGCUCGAAUGUACUAUAACACCAUCAUUAAAUAAAUAGUACGAUUAACUUGCACGUCAUUCAUAUUAUUUCAUAUUAUGUUGUUAAAAACAAGAGCUAAGAUGUAAUUGGAGAAUCUUGGUAAAGGAAUGGUUAAUCAAAAGAGAGCGUUUAUCAUAACUAUUUAAUAUGACAUACGUAAGAGACGCUAAAAGAGACAGCAAAACUUCAAAUUAGUUGAGUAGGCGACGAACUUGCUUGGCGAUUUUAACUUAUGCGUAAUUAAGAUGACAUAAAGGCGAAAUAGGUCGACGAGCCAUAACUGCGCGUACUUACUUGAACGUCUGUCACCUGGUUUAGUCAAAGCUCGACUAACAAGUAUUGUUGGCUUUAGAUUCACUCCAUUUUCUACAUAUUAAUUGACAUAACGUCAUUACAAAUUUAAAAUGUCCUGUGGCUGUAUAUAGUAUGAUUGCAUAGUAUACAGGACAUUUAAAAUAUGCAACGACAACAAAUUAAUGGGAAUGAUAUUAAAAAAUCUCUGUAUUUUUUCUUAACGAUGGUCCAUAGUAUAUAGAUUGGUAAUUAAGUUUUUGUUUUGUUUAUAAAAUAAAAUAAAACCAAAAUAAAAAUAUUAUAAAACAGA